AUGGCGGAAAAGAUUGCCGUUGAUGCCAACUUCUACACUCUGACCCAUGACUGGGAUCCCGAGGACUUUCAGUCGGAAACGACAUCCAUCGUUUCAAAGAUUGCAAGGGGACGCAUAGAAAAUGGGAGAAGAUACCAGAACUUGAAAGAAGAUGACUACUGGAGCCCUUCUGAUGAAAAGCAAUUCGAGGCUUUCGAAAUUGGCCACCUUAUGUUUUUGAUGUUGGACUACCACCAAGAGAACCCUCUCCAUCAUGCUCCUAUCUCCAAAGAUCCCAAGAACAUCUUGGACAUUGGGACUGGCAAAGGAACAUGGGCUGUCGGAUCAUUAUCCAUCCGCAACUGUCCGGGGUGUCGACCUCUUCCCCCUCCCGUAACUUGGAUGCCGCCCAACUGCGUGUUCGAAGUAGACGACGUCCUCCGUGAGUGGACUUGGAGAGAACCAUUUGACUUCAUCCAUCUUCGUCUAAUGCUGGGAGCAUUCACACCCGAGGGAUGGAAUCAAGUGUACAAGCAGUGCUACGACUCCCUUACCCCAGGCGGCUGGAUCGAACAGAUGGAAUUAGACGUCCGGGUAUACAGCGACGACAACACCCUGAAAAAAGACAGCAAUCUAGCCGCGUGGGGAGAUAACUUCAUUGCUUGCUCCGAGCGCGCCGGUCGAUCCCUGCUCACCCAGGAAACAAUGCGAGGCGCAAUUGAGAAGGCUGGCUUUGUCGACGUGCACGAAAAGCUAUACAAGGUACCCCUGGGACCCUGGCCCAAAGACAACGUUCUCAAAGAGGCUGGACAACUCCAAUUCUUCCAUUGGACGGCUGCUUUGGAGGGCUGGGCUAUGUGGCUACUCACCAAGUUUGGAGCCCCGACCCCUUGGACGAACGAUGAAGUCCAGAUUUAUUUGACCAAGGUUCGGGCCGAGUUGAAAAACCCGCGCACACACGCUUAUGAAUAUGCUCGCCGAGUCUGGGCGAGGAAGCCUACUGAGGAGGAAGCGAGGGCUAGCGUGACAGUCAAGUCCGAAUUUUCGCAGUAA